AGGCUACGAAUGAAAGAAAAGUGACGCUUUUCUCGCCCCCUCCCCUCCGGUUUAUCCUCCUGCGUUUUAAAGUCACCUCUUCUCGCCAGCAACCCUUUGGCACGGCUGACGCGCAGAGACCCUCCGACUAAGCUAACAGUGGCGCCUCCUCCUUAGCGUGAAGGCUUUCGACCGGGUGAGAACUGGAAGUUCAUUCUUCAAGAACUGGGGAGAGGGGGAGAAAGAGAGGGGGGGGAUCAUUGCUGCUGCGUGGGAAGGACACGCCUUCCUUCCUUGCCAUUUGCCCUCCGAGGUGUUGAUUUGAUCCAGUUUUGGAGUGUUUUGCUGCGCGCCUUCCUCCCCCCCUCCCCUCCCGGGCGCAUCCAGGGUGACACACGGUCCUGCUAGGAAUGGACGGCGGGAGCUGUGCGACGCGCGUCUCCGGAGGAGGCUGGCUAGAAAGAGGGUUGGCUCGUCCAAACCGUCGGACCUGUUUUUUUCCUCCACCCCACGGCGGUUAAGACCUCCCUCCGUCCCUCCCUCCUGCCACCCGGGCGAGGUGCUCGAUGCCCCUCUUUUGCCUCGAACUUGCUGCCAUCAAUAAUUCAUCGGCUCCCGGUAGUAGCGGCGGCGGCGAGCAAGAGAGCAACAGCAGCAGCAGCUUCGAUAAGAGAGAGCGGGAGGCAGCAGGGCGGGGAGGAAAAAGCUGGUGCGUGAGCCGUGCUUGCCGGCUGCCUGCAGAGAGGAGGCGGCGGUGACAGCGGCGGCCGCUGUGGCGGUAGCAGCCAGAGCAACGGCGGCGGCGCAUUCGGAGCUCUCCCUUCUCGCCACAGCCGUACCCAGCAUUAUGUUCCCGCAACGCGCGGCGGCCGCCUCGCCGGCAAGAGCCGCCGACGCCGAGGAGGACACGGGAGGAUGAGGAUAGAAGGGAGGAGGAGGAGGAGGCGCAGGCGGAGGGAGGCGGAGGAGGCGAGGCAGGGAGGAGGAGGAGGAGGCGCAGGCAGCGGAGGAGACGCGGAGGAUGAAGUGGAGUGUCCGGGGAGCCUGCGCCGCGCUCUCCAGCUGCCUCCUGCUCGCCUGCGCGCUGAGCGCCGCCGCCGUGGGCCUCAAGUGCUUCUCGCUGGGCUCCGAACUCAAGGGGGAGCCGUUCCGCCUGGGCACAGCAGCCGGCGCCUUCUACUCGGGGCUCCUGCUGGCCGCCGGGCUCUCGCUCCUGGGCUCCGCGCUCUUCUGCUGCCGCCCGCUGGACGACGAGGGGGCCGGCGGAGAGCACCGCCAAGGGCACGCGGCGAGCGAAGUCGCGGUGGUGCCGGUCGCGGGAGACGCUCAACCCCAGCCCCAGUCGCUGCCCAAGGCGCCCCCCGGCGGGCGGCAGAACUUCCUUCUGCUGGGGGUCCUUGUCUUCAUGCUGGGGGUGCUGAGCGCCUUCGCCGGGGCCGUCAUCGACGGCGAUACGGUGUCGCUGGUGGAGAAGAAGUACUCGCACUACUGCCUCCUACAGGUUGGGGGAGGAGGAGGAGGAGGGCCGUCGGCUCGGGCGCGGCCUGCGGGAAGCCCCGACGGCUCGGGCACGACGCUGCUGCUGCGCUGCCAGAAGCUGCGGGACUAUCAGCGCGGCUUGGUCAUCUCCACCAUCUUCAACGCCCUCGAGUGCCUGCUGGGGCUGCUCAACCUGGUCUUGGUCAAGAACUACAAAGCGGCGCAGCAGCGAGGGCUGCGCCGACGGCGGCGCUGCCGACAGGAGCAGCGCCUUGCGGGCGGCCGUCGGAGGCGACGGAGGGGGGCCGGCGGCAGGGGAAGUGGCUCUGGCGGCGGGCGGCGGCCUCAGCGCCAAAGUCAAGGCUCGAUCUUCUCCAGCGAGGACCCGGAUCUGUCCCCGGGGGGCGAUUGCGCCUUCCAGGCUGUCUCCUACAUCAACGUCGGCGUCUUCCACGUCUUCGACGAGGCCGGGGUGGAGGUACACUGUGGCGGGCACCCUUCCAUCGAGUUGCCUGGGUAUUCGCCCAUGGACCCCGAGCUUAAUUCCUCCUACCCCUACUGCUACCCGCUGCCCAAUGAGCAGCCUCCUGCCUACGAAGACAUUUAUCCCAGGGAGCUCUGUGCCAACCGCGUCUAGGCCCCGGCCAGGCCCCUUUGGAGACCGACCGCCCUGCCUGUCAGCCUGCUGGACUGAGAGGGGCAGAAGAUGAAUUUGGGCAAAGGGGGCAAAGCACAGAGGUUUAAUGGGCAGGACCAGUAGCACAAGGUGAGGCCAACCCUGCUGUUUGCCAGGACUCUUACCCAGAAGCUGCCAAAAAAAAAAAAAAAAAAACAACCCAAGGUAGAACCCCAAUAAAUGCCUAGAAAUGAGACCAGGCUGGUGUGUAGUGUUGGUCCUGCUUUUGGUGGCAAGUGGGAACCUAUUGGUCCAAACAGCUUUGCCUUCCUUUUUUCCUGAAGAAUCAGACAUAUUUUUCUCUUCACCUCUGGUGGGAGAAGUCUUGAACAGAGUUUUAGAAAGUUGCUAGUGUUUUGCAACCUGUUGGAGUUUUCUCCAAUAUAUCCUGUCAAGAUUUCUCUUUCUCUGCUACAGUACUUUUGGUUCUAGCACUAAAAACAAAAACAAAAAAAUAACAUAGCUACCUGUUAAAGGGUUUAGCAAAGUGCAUUUUCACCGAUAAAGAUAAUUGGGGCAAUCUUGGGGUGAUGCUUUUAAUAUCUUUUUAAUUUUACCCUUACUGUCUUUUAUCUCUUGAGUAUGGUGAACAUUUUAGGGUUGGUUCUCACCCCUUUUCUCAUUUGUUUGGAUUGAAAUCACCAAAUGGUUCAGCCUGCCUGGCUUCCUCACCCUUCCCUGCAUCAAAUGAAUCUUCAUGAUAACCUCAGCUUUAAAAGUGCAAAAGAGUUAAGUUCAGAGAACCAGCCAGCAAGAGAUAGAGAGAGGGGGAAAAAAGCAAGCAUGAAUCUCUCAAAGAGAUAUUUCAGAGAGCUGAAAGGAAUUUUGAACAAAGCUUAAGUUUACAAUAUUCCUGGGAGAUGUUAUGUUCAGUUUAAAUCUUAGAGUAUAAAACCAUAGUUGGUCUUGUAAGAUGCACAUAAAUCUGCACUUUCAAAA